AUGUUGACAGUUUUCAAACUUCUUGAAUUAGCAUUUGCUUAUAAAUGGACAUAUACUCGACGAAUGCCAUUAAAACUGCUAGCUUUAUAUUUACUUGCCCUUCCACGAAUGCCAGAAUCUGAAGCAAAGUUAGCAGGGUUAUCAAAACAAAAUGUACGUCGAGAAGGUAUCUUGUUAAUUUUACGAAGUAUUUUUCAAUGUAUUAUUUAUCGAAUACUUCUUUACUUAAUACCUCUUGAAUGGCUUUCACUUUCUUCAUCAUCAUUUUUUCCAAUAUUCCGUUUCGUUCGUUAUGUGUUAUUGAGUGUUCUUCUAUAUCUGUCAAUUGAUGGUACUACUGGUAUCGGUUUUGGCAUUUAUACUAUCGUUUUUAAUCUUCCAAUCAAUCGUGUAUAUCCUGUGUUUCCUUUCACUGCUACGAGUCUUCGAGACUUUUGGUCAUAUCGUUGGAAUAAUCUUGUAAAAACCUCGUUGCAAAUUAUUUCUUUUGUUGUUGUUCCAAAACUAAUCGAUCCAAUAGUGUCAAUGAACAAAAAAGCAAAAGGUCUCUUCGCUUUUUUUUUAUCAGGUUUUCUGCAUGAAUACACAUUUUGGUUUGUCUCAAGUACAUGGUCUGGUAAAAACAUGAUUUUCUUUUCAUUACAUGGUCUUUUAGUUUUAUUAGAAAUAACUAUGAAGAUGCCAGUCAAGCCAAAUACUUUCAAAGGAAAAUUAUUGGGAUGUAUGUGGACAAUAGGGAUUUUGUUAAUAACUGCACCACUUUUCUUCGAUCCAUUUAUUGAAGCGGGAAUUUUUUCUGCUAUGAAAUAA